AACUACCAACCAGAGAUGGAUGUUAUUUUAGAGGAUGGGAUUCUCGAAGCAGAGGCGGAAUCCAACGGAUCUUACACUAGAGAAGAAGUAAAGAAGGGUAAAGUCAAGAGAACUGAUUCUAAAGGGAACAGCAUAGUAGAGGAAACCGCACCGGGACAAGACAAACUCGGUGGUAGAAGAGGCAGUAAGAAGUACCUAAAACAGGGAUCUAAGGAGCUACUCCUUGGGGAACGGCGAGGCAGUACACCGUUUAAGAAAUUAACAUCGAGACGAGGGAGUAAGAUGUCGGAGGACGGAGCCCACACAAUGCCAAAGCGGACCAGGAAGGAAAGUGUUUUGGGUCCGAUGAGUAAAAUAGUCCCCGGCCUCCGCAAAGAGUCCACUAUAUUCCCGCCUUUACCACAGCAGGACAUACUGGUUUUGGAGAAGUUAAUGUACGAAUACGAUCCCCGAACACGGACAGACGAGGGUAUCCUCAGACUCUGUAAGGAGAUAAAGGAGAAGUGGAGCGGAACUAUGACCCCGCCCAUGCAGUACGGGCUUAACGAUGCUUGGAAUAAAAUCAACCAGGCCGAGACGAUGAAAGUUGAGUUUGCAAUCAGAUCAAAUGUAACGUUUAAUGGACUCCAUGACGACGAUUCUCCGAUCCACGGCAAAGCAGUAACUUUCCGAGCCAGGGAUUGCCUUCACAUUAAAGCGCAAUUCAACGAGGAUUGGUGGAUAGGACGUGUAGUAAAGUGCGACGCUCCAAUCGGAUUUGUACCUACACCCAUGAAGUUGAAGAAACUGGUAUCAGAAACGUUAAAUCAGCAAAUAAACAAUAAAGACACAAACACACUUAAAAAGGCCCAUUCCUUUGACAAAGACCCGAAAAAGCCAACGCCGAGUCAGGAAGUGCAAGACAAACUUGACGGUAGCACUGAAAACAUCUCCCACAUUGCUCAACAGAGGAUAUCAGAAAAAGAUUUGAAGGCCCAAGGACCUUACGAAGCAAUCCCCCUGAUCAGACCCAUCGUUCUCUGCGGACCUUCUCUCCGUAACUUUGAUGUGACAGAUCUCAUGCACAAAGCUCUGUUCCACGCUCUGAAGCGAGCUUUUGGUGAUAAACUAGAGGUGGUACAUAUUGAGGAGAAGUGGUUGAAACCCUUUCAUAACGCUCUAGCUAACAAGACGCUCGUGGGGACAACCGAGGCAAUGGAUCACGUGAUGCACCAGGUUUUCACAGCCUCCCAAUCUUUUAAGCUCUUUUUAUCGACCUGAAGGUGAACAGUCCUACUGCUCUGAAGAGAAGUCCUAUCGCUCCUCUUCUUGUUCAUAUCAAGAUUGCUAAUAUGAAGAUUUUACAGAACCUAAUAAAAAGUAGAGGUGCGGAUCAGAAGCGAAGUUCAGCCGCGCAGGUGUACACAGCUCAGAAACUGUGCGACCUGGACAAACGGGUAUUUGACGUGGUCCUAAAGGAAUGUAACUUUGAAGAUGCUGCAGAUCAUCUCAUUACUUAUUUGAACAAGUAUUAUGAAGCUAGCAGACCCACCCAGGCACCUAAACGAUCAGAUCAGCUUCUCAGAAGUUCGCUUAAUCCUACUUACUGGUCCAGAAUUGUCCCUAAGGACCUUAUUAGGAAUACUAUCUCUAAGAGUGUAACAAAUGAUAACAGUUACGAUGUAACUAAAGUGGUGUUGGCAACAUAGCUCCCGAAAUCAGAUAUAUAAUGAAAGGAUUAGUCGUCAAAUCACCGUUUGGAAGUCGCAGAAACAACUCCAAACGAGAUAAAGAGAGAAAUCAAAUGGAUUCACCGAGAGGUAACGAAAUUGUAGCCAAAGGAUAAAGUUUGCAAAUAGCUGCGUUUGGUUUAAGAAAUAAAAUCGUGCCAAAAAUACUUGAAUUGUAGUACGAAGACCGUUAAUUGGUAUUUAUUUGUUGUUUAAAGAUGAUUUUUGAUGAUGUACAGAUAUGAUGUUAUUUGUUAUUAUUUAAAUUAUACUUAUAGGUGAAACUUUAUUUAUAAUGAUUUGAAUGAAUUUAUGAAAUUUUGAUGCCAGUGUAAAAUCACCACGAUUUGAACGAUGAAACAUCUUUGAAAAACCCUGAAUAAAACGUUGGCCUGUAUCUACAAUUAAUGAAAUUUGUAAAAUUAAAAUGGGCACUGUGCAUGGUGCAGGGGUUUUCGUAACUUUAGAAUAGUAGUACCUGCAACUGUAAACUGCAGAAAAAAACGACUUUGAGAGUUUGGUGAUUAGCUGAGAAUGUUAAUAGAAUUUGUACUUUCUGCUAUAAUGUAGAUAUCAGUAUCACUAAGAUUAAUAUAAGCUCUUUAAUUUUAUGGUUUAAACUUAAUGAACAUGAAAAUUAUUGUAUUUUUUGUUCAAGUUCAACCUUUUAAAAGUAUCAC